UCGUCCUCCCUUUCCCACUCUUCCACCCCGACCCAAAGCUCAGCCGGGCUUCCUAACUUCAUGGGCUCUGCCUCUCCCCAUUCUCACCUUGGGGAGCAUUAUGUAGAAAGGCCACUAGGUCCUACUGUGGGAUGCCAUUAAAAAUAAUGCAGAGCCUACCAUAACAAAAUUCCCGGCUUUACCGCUUGUGUACAAUCCGGGUUCCUCGGCCACGCCCGGGGGCGGAAGAGGCGGGGACUAGAGGCGUCAUAUGCCAGCGCCGGAAGUUGGUUGAGACACAACGAGGAGCCAUAAUCCGCCGCGAACUUCAGAGUACGGAGUGUCUGGGGGCUACGUGGGUAGGGAAUUGGCUGCCUGUAUUUACAGGGACUAUCAAUGGACACCCAAAAGGACGUUCAGCCCCCGAAGCAGCAGCCCAUGAUAUAUAUCUGCGGAGAAUGUCACACAGAAAAUGAAAUAAAAUCCAGGGAUCCAAUCAGAUGCAGAGAAUGUGGAUACAGAAUAAUGUACAAGAAAAGGACUAAAAGAUUGGUGGUUUUUGAUGCUCGAUGAAACAUGGAAUUCAGAGGAUUAUCUUCAUUUGGAUUUGGAUUUGGUGUUAAUGUUGUAUAGCUUUUGAUUAGUGUACAUAUCUUUACAAAUACAAAUAACAUUUCAUUUUAAAA